UCCCAUCACCUCUCCCCGUAUUAAAGCCGCCGAGCCCUCCUCCGUGGCCGGCUAGGCUACUCAUCUCAUCUCCGGUCCGGUCAGUGGAGGGGCAUGCUGCUAUGAGGCAGGCGGUGGGCGCCGGUGAGGAGGGGCUGUCGCGGAAGGUCGUCGUGGCGGCCGGGGAAGCGGACGGGGCGACGGCCGCGCGCCGUCGCCGCCGGCUCGAGCUCCGGCGGCACGGGCGGAAGGUGGCGUCGGGCGAGGACGAGCCGGCCAGGAUGGCCGCGGACGGGUCCGAGUCCGAGUCCUCCGCGGACGUGGGCCGCGGGAUCUGGCUGCCCGCGUGCCUGUCGCACGGCGCCGUGUCCGUGAUCGGCCGGCGCCGCGAGAUGGAGGACGCCGUGGCCGUCGAGCGCACCUUCCUGGCCUCCUCCUCGCCGGACGCGUGCGUGGGAGGCGACGAGGGCGGCCGCGGGGAGGAGGACUUCUUCGCGGUGUACGACGGCCACGGCGGGGCGCGGGUGGCGGAGGCGUGCAGGGAGCGGAUGCACGUGGUGCUGGCGGAGGAGGUGGCGCGGCUGCGGUGCCGCCCCGGCGCGCGCGGCUGGAAGGAGGCCCUGGAGGCCAGCUUCGCGAGGGUGGACGGCGAGGUGGUGGCGGGCGCGGGCGCCGACGCCGGCGACGAGGAGUCGCGCUCCCGCACCGUGGGGUCCACCGCGGUGGUGGCCGUGGUGGGGCGGCGCCGCAUCGUGGUGGCCAACUGCGGCGACUCGCGCGCCGUGCUGUCCCGCGGUGGCGUGGCCGUGCCGCUCUCCACUGACCACAAGCCAGAUCGACCGGACGAGCUGCAGAGAGUGGAAGCGGCCGGCGGCAGGGUGAUCAACUGGAACGGGUCCCGCGUCCUAGGGGUCCUAUCCACCUCCAGAUCCAUAGGGGACUACUACCUGAAGCCGUACGUGAGCGCGGAGCCGGAGGUGACGGCGGUGGAGAGGACGGGCAAGGACGAGUUCCUGCUGCUGGCCAGCGACGGGCUGUGGGACGUGGUGUCCAACGACGAGGCGUGCCGGGUGGCGCGGAGCUGCCUCACCGGCCGCGCCGCCGCCGCGUUCCCGGAGUCCGUGUCCGGGCGCAGCGCCGCCGACGCCGCCGCGCUGCUCGCCGAGCUCGCCAUCACCCGCGGCAGCAAGGACAACAUCAGCGUCGUCGUGGUCGAGCUGAAACGGCUCAAGAGCAGGGUAGGGCGCCGUGCCAUCGGAGGCGAGGUGCAGUUGUAGGAGCUUAAUUAAGCUAGUUUAGAUUCUCCGUAGGCACGCGCGCGUGCACUAGCUGGUAAGUAGUCUGUACAUUACGGCGACAUUUAUUCGGGCCGGGAAAAGAUCUCCGGCCGCCGGUCACCGUCGGGCUUCAACUCCGGGGAUCGAUGACGGUGACGAUGAGUGGGUGUGUGAAAGAAAAUUGUCAAUGUUUUUCGCUAAUUUUAUACAAGCUGUAGUCGCCGCUCAGGGAGCAGCAGGGACGUUCUCACGUUGAGAGGAGGCGCAGCGACUGGCCCGGGUUGUGAGUUGAAAAAUUUAAAACUGAACCUGGUGAUUGGGCGGCAACUCGCAAGCUGUAGGCAUGCACGUGCGCAGUAGGGAGGGGAUCUCCGGUGACAUUUAUUCAGGCCUGCGAGCCCGGGAAAAGAUCUUCGGCCGUCGCCUACGGAGCUAAAACUCUGAUCGAGAAUGACGGCGACGAUGACAAAUGAUGUAAUGCAACUUUAUUUUUAUUUUUUUGAAAAAGGGCAAAAGCGUGUCA